CAGUGAGCAGCGUGCAGCCUUCAGUCAGUGGAGCAGCUGUCCAGGGUUUGGAAUUCCAACAUGGCAGAGGCUGUGGUCAGUCUUCCCCUCUCUAACUUGGAAUGGUUUCAAAUGGUGAGCAGCCACGCGUAACCCGAGCAAGCCAUUCAUCUGCGCACUGGCCGGAUCGAUGGUACUAUAAACCUUGACGCUGCCCUGUCAACUAACACAGGCUUGAAGACAUGAUCACUAGCACCAGUAUUUAUGGUCUAAAGAUGCAGUGGACCCCAGAGCACACACAAUGGGCAGAACAACACUUUGACAUCUCAUCCACUACCCGCUCACCAGCUCACAAAGUAGAGGCCUACCGGGGGCACUUACAGCGAACAUACCAGUAUGCGUGGGCAAACGAUGACAUCUCUGCACUGACUGCCUCCAAUCUGCUUAAGAAAUAUGCAGAGAAGUACUCUGGGAUCCUAGAAGGCCCAAAUGAAAGAGCCCUGCUGUGCUCCUACUCUGAUAGCACCACCGGACUCAUGAAUGGACGAAAGUCAGAGAAUGAGUCCUGGCAGGAGGGGAUUUACCCAAUGAACUGUGCUCCAGAUGUUAUAUCUGUGAGCAAAGCUGGAAUGACAGCUGCCUUACCCCCUACAGAUGUGUCGGCUAGCAUAGGCAGCUCCCCGGGGGUGGCCAGCAGCUUGUCUGAGCCUAGCUAUUCCAGCAGUAACUGUGGGAGUCACACAGCCACCACUCUCCACUCGGGCCUCCCCUCUCAGGAAUAUACUGCCAGCUACAACGGUUCCUACCUGCAUUCUAGCUACAGCGGCCAGAGUACCCCCGCUCUCCCCUCCCCACAUCCUUCUCCCUUGCACAGCGCCGGGCUAUUACAACCACCACCCCCACCUCCUCCUCCUACUUUAGUGCCGAGCUACAACGCCGGGUCUCCAAACCUUCCCAACUACAAUUAUCCACCAACAGGGUAUGCUUCACAGACUGCUGUUGGCCCUGGUUAUAGCCCAGGGGGAGCACCCCCUCCUUCUGCUUAUCUGCCGUCCGGUAUUGCAGCUCCGACUCCAAUCCCUCCCUCCACAUUGCCUGGCUACACCUACCAGUCCCAUAAUCACACACCAAUUGCACCAACACCUUUGAAUGGCAGCACAUCUAACUCAUUAAAACGAAAAGCUUUCUACAUGAGCGGACAUGGAGAUAUGGACUCAAGCUAUGGUAGUUUCAACUACAACCAACAGCGCUCUUCGCAGAGCCCGAUGUACAGAAUAGCAGACAGCAGCAUCUCAGACUCUAACAGGGGCAAUGGCUUCGAAAGAAACGCUGAAGCAUCCUCUUUAGCCUUUAAGCCAACCAAACAGCCACUGUCUUCGGAUCAGCAAAGAAAAUUUAACUUACACUCUGGCAGAGCACUAACUCCUCCAUCCUAUGGAUCAACCAAAAGCUCUGCGGGUGAUCUGAGAACUGGUGAGCCCUACAGCAAAUUUGGAUCUCCCCUCAUGAGCGAGCAAACUGAAGAGCACAGACAGCACCUCUCUCACUCCCUAACAGGGCCUGACAUAGGUACGGCUACCUCGUCCAUCCAUGCUGCAGAGGAACAACUGAAGAACAGUGAUUCCAACCUGGUGGAGAUGGUGACCACGGAAGUCCUCCAGCAGGGCUCUCCAGUGGACUGGAGUGACAUUGCAGGUUUGGAUAUGGCCAAAGCAGCCAUCAAAGAGGAGAUUCUAUGGCCCAUUUUAAGACCUGAUAUGUUUAGUGGGCUUGCCACAUUACCUCGCACCCUUCUUUUAUUUGGACCUCAGGGAACUGGUCGAACGCUGCUGGCGCGAUGCAUGGCCAGCCAACUGGGGGCUGCCUUUCUGCGACUAAGCAGUUCGGCACUGGUUACCAAGUGGCUGGGUGAAGGGGACAAGAUCAUCCAGGCUUCUUUCCUCGUGGCCCGAUGUCGCCAACCAGCAGUCGUCUUUAUCAGUGAGGUCGAUCUGCUGCUGUCAGCCCAGCUCAGCGAGGAGAGUCCGGUGAAUCACCUCAAGACUGAGCUUCUCAUACAGCUUGACAGUAUUCUGACCUCUGCUGAGGACCAUGUGCUCGUGGUCUGCUCCACCAGUAAGCCUGAAGAGAUCCCAGAGUCCCUACGGAGGUACUUUGCCAAGCGAUUGCUCAUCCCCUUGCCUGAUGGGACAGCACGACAUCAGAUAAUCAGUCAGCUGCUCUCCCAGCACAACUACUGUCUUAGUGACAAAGAGAUGUCACUGCUGGUUCAGAGGACAGAGGGCUUUUCGGGACUAGAUGUGGCCCAGCUGUGUCAGGAGGCUGUGGUAGGUCCUCUCCACGGCAUGCCGGGGACUGACCUGUCAAGCAUCCAUCCCAGUCAGAUGAGACCAGUUUCCUACCAAGACUUUGACAAUGUGUUUUGCAAAUUCCAGCCCAGCAUAUCACAAAAAGAACUUGACAUGUACACUGAGUGGAAUAAAAUGUUUGGCUGUAGUCAAUGAAAGAGACUCAUCAAACACAAUUUCUUUAAACCCAGUUGUUGAAUACAAAUAAAUGUUUGGCCUUCAGUGAACAAGAAAACAAAGCAAACAGUGGUGACAUGAACAUAUUAUAUCGAGCAAAGGGAUUGUCAUUACAGGCGUCAGACAGAAGACAGCAGUCUGGACAUCACACAUUGGUUAAAAUCAAUUAAAUGCUUUAUAUGGCUGAAGCCAUGUGCUCAAGAAAACUCAAACAACUUGGAGAAGAUGCCCCCAUUUUUGUAUAUACAUACAUAUAUACUUAUACAUAUAUAUGCAUGUGUGUGGAUAUAUUUACAUAUAUAUGUCCACACACACACAUAUAUAUAGUAUUCUGCUGAUCUUGAGAUUUAGUUGCUAUCAAGUGCCUGAGGUGGUGCUGUUGAAUUUUUUUCUUGUAGGAUUCUUUUUUAUUUGCCUCACAAUCUUCAUUGGUGACAUGUGCUAAUAUAUAUAUAAAAAAGCUUUACAAUGUGACAAAAAAAAAAGUUGUUUUCUCUUUUUCAUUGGAGCAGUGUUCUUCAGCUGUGUCUGUUUUGUGCUCUCUGUGAACAGUUGUGGUUAAUUUGAGCUUAAUUAAAUUUAUCGGCAUAAUUUUAGUUGGGCUUCAUUACCUUACACAGGUUCUUAUGUAUGUGUAAAUCAUUUAAUUACCGUAACAUUCUAGCAAACUUAAAUUUGGUUGAUGUACUAGCCUCUCCUCUGUAGACGACAUGACAAUGAAAAGGCAACAAAACAAAUUAUUUGAAUUGAUAUUCUUAUUUUGCAAGGUGACUUCAAUUUAAACAAUAAAUUACUAUGUAAUUCCUGUUAAAAUGUUGUUACAGUAGUGAUCCACAGUGUAAAAUUCUACCAUUUUUUCUUUUGAUGUUCUCUAUUUGAAAACUCAGGAAAGUGAUGAUAUGUAUAGUACCUCAUAAGCUUGUAUUGAAGCACUACACACUACACAAGCAUUUGGCUUGCAUUUGAAAUUGCAUCAUCAAAACAUGAAAGGCUAUGUAAUACCUCAAAAAGCUCAAAAUGAAAUGAGAAGGUUCCUGCAAUGAAUGUAUGAGAGUAAUUCUGGUUUAUCUGCAAGACAAAAAAUCAUUUGUUUAGGAUUCUUUACCUUUGAAUUUGUUGGAAAUGGAAAUUUGUAUUAUGAUCAGAGAUUUGCCUUUGAAAAGAAUGGAACCAUUAUGUAUCUUGAAUUGUAGCCUUGAGGAACACUUUUCUUUCCCCUAUUGGCUAUCACACAGAAAACCUUCAUUUACAUCAAAUACAAUGAUCCUGUUGUUUAGUUCCCUGUUUGCAGACACAGCUGUUCAGCUUGUGGUGAUGCAGAGCUGAGAGAAAUUCGAAAGGUGCAGACAAACAUCUUGGGGUUGAGGAAGACAACUGCUCCGAGCUGUUUCGUUCCAUCCUGCUGCUGUUUUAUCAUUAAUGAAACCUAAGGAUUAUGUAUAACCUAAGUUCCUUUCUACCUCAGUUUGUUUGUUAUCUCUGAAAGACAAAUUCACAAAGACAGCAAAAUGUCAGCGCCUAUUCUGGUUGUUUGAUGAAGAAUCCCUGUGAGAGAACACCAAACAGUAUUUUGUUGUGUGCAAAAUCUAUUAGCUUUACAUUUUGAUAACUCCCAAGAAUGCUUUUUCACACCACAUAAUGCACUUAAAGGGGAAUACCACUGAAUAUCAGGUUUGGGACACAUGAUACCUUUGCCUUAGGACAAUUUGGUCUGUAUUAACAAACAUUCACUAGUCGAUCUUGUUACCAUACCUUGUUAGACCUUGUUAAAUAGAACCUCUAAUGUGACAGUCUUCACAGUGUACGCUCUUAAAAAUAUUAUUCCAUUAUGUUAAUAUAAAGUUUACAAAAGAAUUGGUUUGACCUUCUUGGGCAAUAACUGUAACAUUCAUGAAUUGAGUGGCAUUCCUUUUUAAGAAUAUGUCUCGAAGGCUAGUCUCACUUGGUCUGUAUACAAAAUGCUGUUAUUUUUAUUAUAUGUUGUCAUUUUCCCAUUCAAACUGUUGCCGUGUUAUUUAUCGUUACUUGCUGCCAUUAAUCAGUACAUUUCCAUGCAACAUUUCCAACAACAAAAGAGCAGGUCUGACAGCUGAAUUGGCAAGUAUUGAAUGUAUUAUGUCCUCAGAGCAGUAAGGAAAGCAAAGCACUUGCACAUUGAAAAAUGCCACUGAAGUAGAUAGCACUGUAGAUGUAUUAAACUGCAGAGGCAUAGAAGGACCUUUUUUUAAUUUUUUUUUUUAAGUAGGUCCCUUUAUAUUUGUUGCCCGUUGCACAUGUACUUGUUCUUUUCUUUUAUUGCAAAGUAUAUGAACCACUGCCACCUGGUUUGGUAUCAUUAACUCUUUCAGAUCCGUAUCAAGAUGUUUACAGAGCAUCCACAACUUUCAUCGAGCCACCGCAUUUUGCCAACUACAAGAUUGCCAACAGUAAUAUAUGGCUGCAGUGACUCAAGUCAUAAGACGAGUGGCAGCAUUUUUAAUAAAUCUAGGCAAGUUUUAGGAAUUAGUAAAACAGUAACCCAAGCCUUGAUCAACCUUGAAACAGGAUCAUUUCAUUUGUUGGAUUCGAAAACAGUGUAGAAUAUGACUGCCUCUUUGUGUUUGGUGUUUUUUCAGAAUAUAUAGAGAUGGGUCCUUCGAGUUUAAGUUUAAAAUACUUUUCACAUGGUGGAUUAACCCUCAGUCUUAAUGACAGAAAUUGAAAGAGAGAUUUCAAGUGUACAUUUAAGAUGUUCAAAGCAUUUUUUUCUGUCGUGUCAAGUCAAUGGUCAGACUCGCUUCUUGCAUACAACUGUUUACAAUUAUCAAAUGAAACUAUCUAUUUAGAUGUUUCAAACAUGUAAUUACACACAGUUAGGCCGAAAUGCCCAGAGUUUAGGGAAAGGACAUUGUCAUAGAGUUGGAAAAUGUUGUUUUUGCUGCUUCAAGUGGAAAAGUGUUGGAAAUGAACAGAAAGCCUCCCUUAAAAUUACCCCCCUUAAGUAUCGUGUCAGUAUUUAUUGCACUUUGAUGUGUUUUUUUUUCUUUCUUGAAGCCAAAGUAAAACAUCUUUCUGUUGAAUAUGAUGAACAUGCUUUCGAAAAAGUUGUGUGUUUCAGUGCCCUUAAUGCCACCAUGUAAGCUGUACUUACCUAACAUUGGCAUUGUAAAAUUAUUGUAUCACGGUAUGAUAUGUGACUUUUAUCAAACCUUGGUUUUUCAGUUGCACCCCAUCCAAGUUAAUGAACGGUCCGUCACCUCUGCCUAGAGUUGAAAUAGAAAUGUGGAUAAUUUAAUUUGUUUGUCCAAAAAAAUUUCAACCCAUAUCUUUGUUAGAGACUGUCACUCACCAUGCAGUGUUUUGUCACACUGGAAUACAAUUGUUGAACAUAAGUGAACACAAAGGCUUUUGACGAGAGGGCGCUAAGAAGCCCUAAGUGCCAUUGACAAGCACAGAUUUCGCAAGUUUAAGAGGUCAACUGUUCACGAACAGCAGAGAUUUGUGUUAAAAGGGGGAAAUGUUCCACUCAGAUUAAGUAGUGCUUGUAAUCUCAUAGACAACAAAAAGAUCCUGUCACAUUUUUGUAUUUUCUUUUUUAAACUGUCUCCCAAACAGUGCAAUAGAGCACAAUGUAACAGAAGGCACACUAACAGUUGCAUCUUAUGAUUUUAAUUGUUACAACUGAUGAAAAGUUGUUUUUUUUUUUAAAAAAAAGGCAAGAUCUGAUAUGAACUAAACAAUUCUACAUAUAUAUCCAGAUAGGGUGUAUAUUUCACAUGCUGUAGAUGUUAUCAUUACAAAUAAUCAUUCAUUACUGAAGGUGAAGAAAGGGCCCAAGGUCACAAACAACAGUUUAACAUAACCUUUGAUAAGCACAUCGAGUCUCACAGUGGUACCGACUCAGUCACUUGAAACACGUUUUUUUUUUCUCUUUUCAGUAUUUCUGCAAUUGUGUUUUGUUGAGAACUGCUUAAAAAUGUUGAUUACAUCUUAGUUUUAUAGUCUGGCAUUCUUUAUAACCAUUUCUACCUCAUUGCUACAUACUGUACAUGUAGUACUCAUGUCCUGUCAUUUUGAAUGUCUUGCAUUUGUGGGAAAAAAAAAAACUUAAAACAAACAAAAAAAUGGAAUAAAAUAAAAGCUUGCCCUUGAAUCUGAGCAGUCUACCUCAACAAGACUGUCUUUACACUGUCAAGUACAAGUCACCGAAAAAAUGCGGCACCUUGAGGAUAAAGAUGAAGUUAACCUGCACAUACGUUUCAUUUACAGUACCACGUUUUCAUUGAACUUUUGUGGACAUUGUCUCCUGCAAGGUUUUCAAUGCAAAUUCUUUUAGUAAAAAACAAAAAAGAAAACAACUUGCUUUAAUCCUUUGUGAAUUGUCGUAGUGCGCAUGUUAAUGUGUAUGUAUGUGCACUGGCAAUUCUACAUGCAAAUAUGAGGGGAUAACAUUAAGAUAUGGAAAUUUUGAAUUUUUACUUUUCAUAUACAUGUACAGAGAAUGAACUUGCACAUAGCUGUACGUAUUGUACAUUUGCUAAUGAUAUACAGCAUACAUACGAAAAUGCACCACAUACAUGUUUAUAUGUGUGUAUGUAUUGCCAUACUGACAGUACAGUCGAUUUAAAUGUAUUUUAAUUUCAAGGUACAUAAAGUUAUUGAAAUACUGAAUAAAGGUGUUUUCUUUUUUUCCUGAA